AUGUCCGCCGUAAAUCAACUCAACACGAUGCUAGCUGCUUAUUCGUGUUUGCUUACGAUAGCCGUAAUUACGGCAUCACCAAGUCUGCCAUCAUCAGGCCAUAUUAAAAUUUAUCCUCCAGCAGAGCCAAACUAUCCACCAAUCAACCCAUUCCGUAAAUCUGCACCCUUACCCGAAAGCGAUAAAGCACAAUCGUUGCUGGACGCUUAUGCGUUGAAAUUCGCCACGAAUUCGGCUGCAGAGGAAGCACCUAGCCUGAGGGCAGCACCGUCAGUUCGUCUCAGUUCUGCGAUGCAUCCCAGCAACUACAACAUACCACCCCCACUAGCACCAUCACCACAGAAUCCGCUUCGUAUUCCUUCAAAUUCGAUGCAUCAUGAUGAACUGGUGAUUGCCAAUCAGCCUAAAGAUGCACUAGCAUUCGAAGCGAUCAGCAAUCCGACCGCGUUCUUCUUGCAAGGAGCACAUCUCGAUAAGGUUUGA